AUGCCUCACCGCGCCUCGUCUCCCGCCAUGUCGGAGACCGAAUUCGACAUUACGGGCGCUCUCUUCAACAACGGCAAUGAUUCCGACACUGGUGAUGCCCCCCAAACCAAGGGCAAGCCCAAGCCCCCUCAGUCCCAGGAUCUCGAUUUUCUCGGCAUGGAAGUCGACGAUGGCGACGCUGCCUUUAUCGCAAACCGACAAGCUUCGGCGAACCGAAAAGGAUCCAACUUGAAAGGCCGUACCGUGAAGAAGGGUGGUGGUUUCCAAGCCAUGGGUCUCAGCGGUGGUCUACUCAAAGCUAUCGCCCGCAAAGGGUUUUCGGUCCCAACGCCAAUUCAGAGAAAGACAAUCCCAGUUAUCAUGGACGACAAGGAUGUAGUCGGUAUGGCUAGAACUGGUUCCGGAAAAACUGCAGCUUUCGUCAUUCCCAUGAUUGAGAAAUUGAAGAGCCACAGCACCAAGUUUGGCGCUCGCGGUCUGAUCAUGUCUCCGUCGCGUGAAUUGGCGCUGCAGACUUUGAAGGUUGUCAAGGAAAUGGGACGUGGCACUGAUUUGAGAGCCGUGCUACUUGUCGGUGGUGACAGCAUGGAGGACCAGUUCGGAAUGAUGGCUGGUAACCCCGAUAUCGUGAUUGCGACCCCGGGUCGAUUCCUUCACCUGAAGGUCGAGAUGGAUCUGGACCUGUCUAGUAUCAAGUACGUCGUCUUCGACGAGGCCGAUCGUCUUUUCGAAAUGGGUUUCGCCGCUCAACUCGCAGAAAUCUUGCACGGUCUGCCUUCGAACCGCCAAACACUUCUUUUCUCCGCUACCUUGCCCAAGUCGUUGGUCGAAUUUGCUCGAGCCGGUCUUCAAGACCCUACCCUGGUCCGACUUGACGCCGAAAGCAAAAUCUCUCCCGAUCUCCAAAAUAUCUUCUUCUCUGUCAAGUCGUCUGACAAAGAGGGCGCUCUGCUCCACAUUCUGCACAAUGUGAUCAAGAUGCCCACCGGACCUACAGAAGUGACACAAAUGCUCAGUGAUGAAUCUCACUACAAGAAUAGAAAGCGCAAGAGGGAUAUUGAGAAUGCUGGCAACCGAAAGGAAUCGCCGACAAAGCAUUCGACCAUUGUCUUCGCUGCGACAAAGCAUCAUGUUGACUACCUCUACUCCCUUCUGAUCGAAGCUGGAUUCGCCACAUCUUAUGCCUACGGUGCCCUGGAUCAAACUGCUCGUAAAAUCCACGUCCAGAAUUUCCGAACUGGUGUCUCAAACAUCUUGGUCGUCACCGAUGUCGCCGCCAGAGGUAUCGAUAUCCCCGUUCUUGCCAACGUCAUCAACUACGAUUUCCCAUCUCAACCUAAGAUCUUUGUUCACCGUGUCGGUCGAACCGCCCGUGCUGGUCAAAAAGGUUGGAGUUACAAUCUUGUCCGAGACUCGGAUGCCCCUUACAUGCUGGAUCUCCAACUUUUCCUUGGCCGACGACUGGUUCUUGGUCGCCAAUACGGGGAAAACGUCAACUAUGCUGAAGAUGUGGUUGUGGGCUCCAUUCCAAGAGAUCCCCUUUCUCGGACUUGCGAAUGGGUCAACAAGUUGCUGGACGAUAAUUCGGAUAUUGCCUCCCAGCGCCAGGUGUCCGUGAGAGGUGAGAAGCUAUAUCUGCGCACUCGUAAUGCUGCUUCGGCGGAGAGUGCAAAGAGAGCAAAACAGGUCACCACCACUGACGAGUGGUCCACUGUCCAUAUCCUAUUCAACGACGAUGCUAGCCAGAAGGAGAACGAGAGAGAAAAGAUGCUUGCUCGCAUUGGUGGCUACCGGCCCCAGGAAACCAUCUUCGAAGUCCACAACCGACGUACUGGCAAGAGCGCCGUCAAGGGUGAAGGCGAGGAGGCCAUGAAUACCAUCAAACGAAUUCGAACUACUGUCGGGAGGAAGAAGGAGCGCGCCGAAGCCAAAAGGCAGGCCGAGCUGACCGAGCUUGGGAUCGGUAAGGGUGGCGAGGACGGAGAAGAAGGCGAGAAUGAACAGAUUGAUGAAGACAUCCCCGAGGUGGCCGGCGACAACAUGUCUGAGGCAUCUGAGGAUGACCUUGAAGUCACUUUUUCCGCCUACUCACAGUCCAAAAACAAAUCCGACCGUGUGUCGGCGGCGGCUUCGUUCCAGAACCCCGAUUACUUCAUGGGAUACAAGCCUACCAACCACAACAGCGCUGAAGACCGAGGAUAUGGUGUCCACUCCGGCACCAACUCCAACUUUGCGCAAGAGUCGCGCAACGUCGCUAUGGAUCUCAAUGGCGACGAAGGCAAGAAACUGCAUACCGAAGGUCGCUCCGCCAUGCGAUGGGACAAGCGACACAAGAAGUACGUGGCGCGACAGAACGACGAGGAUGGUUCGAAGGGCGAGCACUUGGUUCGUGGCGAGAGUGGUGCCAAGAUUGCAGCCAGUUUCCGCAGUGGACGCUUCCAGGACUGGAAGAAGGGCAAGCGUAUGAAGAGCCUGCCCCGUGUCGGCGAGGCCGAGACGCCUGGUGCCUCAACGGGACCAUCCGCGGGACCUCAUGGCCGAUUCCGACACCACAAGACGCAAGCACCCAAACGUGCCGACCCACUGCGUCGCGAUUAUGACAGGAUGAAGAAGAAGAACGACGCCGCAAAGGAGCGCAUGGGUCCUGGGGCGGGUCGUGGAAAGAGCGAGAUUCGUUCGACGGACGACAUUCGUAAGGCGCGUAACCUGAAGCAAAAGCGCCAGGAGAAGAACGCUCGGCCGUCCAAGAAGAGAUAA